AUUAAAAUUUGUCUAAGAUGAUUGUCCUUGAGUAAUCAAACUCAUGACGAUUCAUCAACAGAACAAUCUGACAUCGACGACGAUAAACUUCAGUGUAAACAAACCGUUCUUGCCUUAGGUUUAUGGGUAACUGUAUCAAUUGUAUUGGAUGUGAAAAGGAACUGUUCAUGGAUCUGCCUUUCUAAAUUCAGUCGUGCAGAAAGAUUGAGUCUUAUCCGUCCUUACAUAGGUAUUUUACAAUCCUUAUCUACCCAUCUUCUCUGACUUUGCCAACGAUUUUGCUAUAGCAGGCUCAGUUGAACAUGUCCUUCACUAAAAUGGACCCACCACCUUUGGUAUGUGGUAUUGACCAGGGAACUAGCAACACCAAAGUGUGUGUAUUUGAUAGCAAUACAGGCGAGGUACUAGCGUCCAGUAGCAUAGAGACAAAGAGGAUAGAGCCAAAAGAAGGAUGGACGGAGAUGGACCCCUUAUAUGUUUUGGAGACAGUGGUGAACGGCAUUGAAAUCGUUGCCCAGCAACUCAAAGACAAAAAUAUCAGCAUAAAGCAAGUCAAAUGUUUAGGAAUCACAAACCAGAUGCUGACCUUUCUGUCCUGGAGCAGAAAAACAGGCAAACCUUUCUACAACGCUAUUGAAUGGUGUGACAUUCGAGUUCGCGACGAUAACGAAAGAGAACUGGAUAAACUGCCGGGAAGAAACAAGGACCAUUUUAGAAAAACCACUGGACUGCCUUUGAGUUCGUUGUUUUGGUACACCAAAAUCCCCUGGGUUCUCACCAAUGUCCCCGGUGUAAAGGAAGCAAUUGAAGAGGGCACCUGUUACAUCGGUACAAUUAACACCUGGAUAUUAUGGAAUCUGACGGGCGGAUUGGAUGGGGGUGUUUAUUGUACAGACGUCACCAAUGGACAGAUCACGGGAUUGUUCAAUCUGGAAACAUGUACCUGGGACCCAGAGUUGUGCAGCUACUUUAAGAUUCCUCAUCAUUUGUUCGCCGAGGUGAAGAGUACAUCGGAAAUUUACGGAUAUGUCAAAACUGGAGCUCUCGCAGGAGUGCCCAUCUCGGGGAUGAUAGGAGAUCAGAUGGCGGGUACUGUUGGACAGUUGUGUUUUAAGACGGGACAGUCCAAAUGCACGUAUGGAACCGCAGGCUGCUUGAAUAUUAACACGGGUGCAAAGGCCGUGUAUUCUACCUGUGGAAUGAUGACGUCACCACUUUUUCAGCUUGGUGAAUCGGCACCGGUUGUUUAUAAUCUGUGGGGUGCGGUAGAGGGUUGUGGACAGUUGAUGAGGUGGCUGAGAGACAACCUCCAGAUCGUUCAAUCAGUGAAUGAAAUUGAGACACUUGCAGCCUCUGUUGAUUCAACGCACGACUGCUUCUUUGUGCCUGCAUUCGGGGGUCUGUUAAGUCCUUAUUGGGAGGAUGAUGCAAGAGGAACAAUUGUGGGUAUGACAAGUUACACUAGACGGGAACACAUUUGUAGAGCAGCCCUGGAAUCGACCUGCUUUAUGGUCAAAGAUAUGAUAACGGGCGUGGAAGUCGACACUGGGUUUCCAAUAUCGGAAUUAUUAGUGGACGGCGGAAUGACAGUUAACAAUCUACUACUGCAACUACAGGCCAACUUUAUCAACGAACCCGUCAUUCGAUCUUCUAUAACUGAAGCGACAUCUUUCGGAGCCGCAUUGAUGGCCGGGGCGGCAAAAGGAGUAGAUAUAUUUCCAAUUUCUGCAGACAAAAUGAAAUUGGAUGUGACCUUUUCAAUGCCAUCUACUACGUUCACAUCGUCAAUGGCUGAUAACGAACGCCAGAGACUUUUCAAAAGAUGGGAUAAAGCCAUAGAAAAGGCAAAGCACUGGGUCUCCGACUGAUAUACAUGUACAACAGAUGAACAGACUCUGUGACGUUUAUUGCGAAGACUUUAUUUCUUGAAUUACUAGUGAUAAACUCGUUCACUGUGAAAAUUAAUGUUAGCAAAGACGAGGCUGUCACGAAUCUCUCAAAAUUAUCUAGAACGCGAAUAAAAGUUGGUUUACAGUCAUAUUCUGA